GUAUGGAACACUAUUGCAUUUUAUCUAUAAGAAAUAUAGAUAUGAUAGACAGAUAAAGUCUCCUUCUUUAUGUUGCUUCAUUCUAAUGUACAUCUCUCUUUUCUAUCUAUGGCAUUUUCACGUGUUAGUUUAUCUGUUUGAUAUUUACUUUUGUUUGAGUGCAUGUGGAAAAUCUCAUGAAAGCAAACAAAUCUAUAGAUAAUGGCAAUGUGGUGGUUUGUAAUGUGAUCAAAGAGCACUGGAUUUCUAUGAUACCCCUGAAACCGACUCAUCAUGACAAAUCAAGUCUCUGGAUCAUAAUGCUACCUGGGGAAUACCACAUUGCCUCCUUCCUACAGCAGAAGAUAAUUGUUAAGGCUAAGUUACAUACCAGUGUGAAGUGACCUUCUCCUAAGAUUAUUUCCAAUCUGUGAUGUCCUCACAUCAACUGAAACCAUGUGGCAAAAUAGUAACAUAACUGAGUUCAUAUUGCUAGGAUUGACACAGGAUCCUCUCAGGCAGAAAAUGGUGUUUUUAAUCAUCUUAAUUUUCUACAUUGGAACUGUAGUGGGGAAUACACUUGUAAUUGUGACCAUUAAAUCCAGCAGGACACUUGAAAGCCCCAUGUAUUAUUUCUUAUUUUAUCUGUCCUUUGCUGAUUCCUGCUAUUCAACAUCCACAGCCCCUAGACUCAUUGUGGAUGCUCUCUCUACAAAGAAAGUCAUAUCCUACAAUGAGUGCAUGACACAAAUCUUUGCACUGCAUUUAUUUGGCUGCAUGGAGAUACUUGUCCUCAUCCUUAUGGCUGCUGAUCGCUAUGUGGCCAUCUGUAAGCCUUUGCAUUAUCCAAGGAUCAUGAGGAGGCAGGUGUGUCUCAUCUUGAUUGUCCUUGCCUGGAUGGGGUCCUUUAUGCAUUCCAUUUCUCAGACUAUCCUGGCCUUGAGAUUGCCCUUCUGUGGACCCAACUUGAUUGACCAUUACUGCUGUGAUCUGCAGCCCUUGUUUAAACUUGCCUGCACGGACACUUAUUUGUCAAAUCUGCUGUUGGUGACUAACAAUGGGGCAAUUUGCUUAGUCAGUUUAACAAUUUUAAUGAUCUCAUAUGUUGUCAUCCUACAUUCGUUGAGAAACCACAGUGCAGAAGGGAGGAAAAAAGCACUAUCCACUUGUACAUCUCACAUCAUUGUUGUUGUCUUGUUCUUUGUCCCCUGUAUAUUCAUAUAUACACGCCCCCCAACCACGUUCCCCAUUGACAAGAUGGUGACAGUAUUUUAUACCAUUGGCACACCCUUCCUCAACCCACUCAUCUACACACUGAGGAAUGCAGAGGUGAAAAACGCCAUGAGAAAUCUGUGGCAUGUCAAAACUCCAUCAGAAAGCAGGGGAUGA